AAAAAUAUUCCGUCCUCUCGGUCACGCUUUCGUGUCGGCUUGCCCCGAGUCUGAACGGCCACUUUGGAGGAAAAUCUUGUGAAGUAUGAAAUCAGGCAUCAUGAUCUUGGAAAUGCAGACUUCAUUGCCGAAAAGCAGCACCGAGCACUUGUUUAAGGUGAUUGUAAUCGGCCAGUUCAGGGUGGGAAAGACUUCCUUUAUUCAACGCUACGUGAACGGACUCUUUACUGAGAAUUACAAGGCUACGGUGGGAGUGGACUUUGCAAUGAAAACCAUCAAGUGGACAGAAAAUGACAUUGUGAGGCUGCAGUUCUGGGAUAUUCAAGGGCAGGAAGACACAACAAAGAUGACCAGAGCUUUCUACAAGAAUGCAGCAGCCUGUUUGAUAAUCUUUGAUAUGACAUCCGAGAGGUCCUUUGAAUUCUGCAAGGAGCUAAAAGAAGCUGUGGAUUCCGAAGUUUGUGACAAAUAUGAGAUGCCCAUUCCAUGCAUCCUGCUGGCCAAUAAGUGUGAUUUAAAGGAGUGGGCGGUGACGAGGGAAAGAGUGGACCAGUUUUGCAGUGAAUGCAACUUUCUGUGUUGGAAAGAGAUUUCGGUCAAGAGAAACGAGCAACUGGAAGAAUCUGUCGGAUGUUUGAUUGAAGUGGUUAUGGAAAGAAGCAAAGAUUCCUUGGAGCCUGUUUCUGAGCCUGAAUUAGAUAUUCACCAACCUCCAGCCAAGAGCUAUUGCUGUAAGAUUUGAGUAAGAGUGGAAAAGAAAGACAGAACAAUUUGAACCUGCUCCAUCUCACUCGAGCCAUCCUUGCAUUUCCAUU